UCGGUCGACGCUGCGACGGAACAGUAUCUUCUGCUGUCUCGUCGGAGUGAGGAGCAGUCGCUGCGACCGAUAGCAGAGUGUGGCACAAAUUGGACCCGUAGACGCAACUCGAGAUGUAUUCGAAAACCAUCAGCGGCCACCAGGCGAAUCAGGAACACGUUCUCGCCGUGUCCCGGGACUUCGUCGCGCAGCCCCGUGUCACGUACAAAACAGUGUCUGGAGUAAACGGACCUCUGGUGAUAUUGGAUGAGGUGAAAUUUCCGAAAUACGCCGAAAUCGUACAACUUAAGCUCGCCGAUGGCUCUCUGCGUUCCGGCCAAGUGCUGGAAGUCUCCGGUUCCAAAGCCGUGGUCCAGGUCUUCGAGGGCACGUCGGGCAUCGACGCGAAAAACACUCACUGCGAGUUCACCGGCGACAUUCUGCGAACUCCGGUAUCCGAGGACAUGCUUGGCCGCGUGUUCAACGGAUCCGGCAAGCCUAUCGACAAAGGACCUCCGAUUCUAGCCGAGGACUUUCUGGACAUUCAAGGACAACCUAUCAAUCCGUGGUCCCGUAUCUAUCCGGAAGAGAUGAUCCAAACUGGCAUAUCGGCCAUUGACGUUAUGAACUCCAUCGCUCGCGGACAGAAAAUUCCCAUCUUCUCUGCUGCUGGUCUGCCGCACAAUGAGAUCGCCGCACAAAUCUGUCGUCAAGCAGGUCUUGUGAAAGUACCCGGCAAGUCCGUUCUCGACUCGCACGAGGACAACUUUGCCAUCGUGUUUGCGGCCAUGGGUGUGAACAUGGAAACCGCGCGUUUCUUCAAGCAGGACUUCGAGGAGAACGGAUCUAUGGAGAACGUGUGCCUGUUUCUGAAUCUGGCCAACGAUCCGACCAUCGAGAGAAUCAUCACCCCGCGUCUCGCACUGACCGCGGCCGAGUUCCUGGCGUAUCAGUGCGAGAAGCACGUGCUGGUCAUCCUCACCGACAUGUCCUCUUACGCCGAGGCGUUGCGCGAGGUCUCAGCCGCGCGUGAAGAAGUGCCGGGUAGACGAGGUUUCCCUGGCUACAUGUACACCGAUUUGGCCACAAUUUACGAGCGCGCCGGUCGUGUGGAAGGCCGCAACGGUUCCAUCACGCAGAUCCCGAUUCUGACUAUGCCAAACGAUGAUAUCACCCAUCCGAUUCCCGAUCUUACUGGUUACAUUACCGAGGGCCAGAUCUACGUCGACCGUCAGCUGCACAACAGGCAGAUCUAUCCGCCUGUGAACGUGCUGCCGUCUCUGUCGCGUCUCAUGAAGUCCGCCAUUGGCGAAGGAAUGACACGAAAGGACCACUCAGACGUGUCCAAUCAGCUAUACGCGUGUUAUGCUAUCGGAAAAGACGUCCAGGCGAUGAAGGCCGUCGUGGGUGAAGAAGCGCUGACUCCGGACGAUCUACUGUACUUGGAGUUCUUGUCCAAAUUCGAGAAGAACUUCAUCUCGCAAGGCAGUUACGAGAAUCGUACUGUCUUCGAGUCGCUGGACAUCGGCUGGCAGCUUCUGCGAAUCUUCCCCAAGGAGAUGCUCAAGCGAAUCCCGGCCAGCACCCUCGCGGAAUUCUAUCCGAGAGAUUCCCGCCACUAAUCGCACGCGUAAGCUUCCGAUGUGGGCGCGAAUCACUCGUACUACAUACACCAAUCAUCCGCGUGUCCCAAUCCUUUUCAUUGAUAUUAACUGAGAUAAGGUGGAUAUAAACCACGCUCGGUCUCGCGUACACUUGCAGCUAGGACCGACUAUUGCAAACUCGUAGUGUUUUAACUCGACAAGAGAUUUUUCGAUUAAAAAGCAGCGCGCUUUUCAAUGAAAAAAAAAAAAAAACAAACAAACAAACAAACAAACAAACUGAGCGUGGCGCAUCUUGUUACAGUGUUAUACAUAUGUUGAUGUUACAGGUCUACAGGAUCGUACACGGUCUUAUUUUUGUUUUUUUUUUUUGUUUUUUUUUUUUUUUUUGACGUGCAAUGAGGAUGUAAAGUAAAUAGCAUUAAUACUUGUUCCAUGUAAAAUACCUUGAAGCAAAUCAUCACACAGAUGAAUACUAACUCGCGUGCAAAUCUUCGCGAGAACCGCCGUGACUACGCGAACGUUAGUUAACA